AUGGCAGCAGCAAGGGCAAUGCUAGAUAGAAUCCACCCCACGUUUCCCAACGAGAAGGGUGACGAUAAUGUCUACAUCCUGGGCAGCAUCGGUGCGCACAAUAUUGUCAUUACCGGCCUUCGAGAGGGAACAUACGGCGCUACUGCCGCCACCGUGACAGCAUUCAAUAUGAGACACUCCUACCCCUCGGUCAAAGUUUGCUUUCUGUCAGGAAUCGCAGGCUGCGUCCCAGAUCCGCACGAUAUCAGACUCGGUGAUGUGAUUGUCGCUGAUCCUACGGCAAGCUACGGGGGCGUUUUGCAAUAUGAUCGCCAGCAAAGGAAUUGCCGUCCAUGCCAGACGCCGGAUAUCGUCCUAAGGACGCUGGCUUCGUUGAAGGCAAAGCACAGGCACCGUGGGAGCGAUAUCCCUAUAUACCAACAGGAAGCCAUGGAAAGACACAUGCACCUCCAUAAGCUAGUACAGUAUCCCGGUGGAAAUGCCGACCAGCUCUUCGCUACGGAAAGCAACCAUGUGCCAGGGCUACCUACAUACAAUAGAUCUGAUCUAUCCAGUGUGAGGAAACGACCUCGCAGGCCUGACAAUCGGCCUAGGGUUUUCUACGGUCUGGUUGCCUCCGGGGGUAUGCUUCUCAAAGAUGCAGCAGAGAGGGAUGCAUUCGCACGGAAGUCUGGGGCUAUCUGCUUUGAGAUGGAAGCUGCUGGGAUACUGGAUAUCCUCCCAUGUGUGGUGAUUCGCGGAGUAUGUGAUUACGCAGACUCUCAUAAGAAUGACCAUUGGCAGGGGUAUGCAGCUAUGGUUGCAGCUGCGUAUACAAAGGAAUUUCUGUCAGUUCUCCCCAGCCAUGGGGUGUAG